AUGGCACGCGCUCGGGCACUGUGGCACCGUGGCGUGGCAGCCUUCCUUGCCGUGGGCAGCGUCAUGCUGGCCGUGCAGGAAGGAUGCUUCGCCAACUCUACAGCGCAGACAUCCCUGGCUGGUCUGGGCCGGCUGCGUCGUAACUCCGCUGUGGCGCGGCCGGCAUUAAAGUACACUUACUUUCCUCUUUGGGCCAAGGGCCCGGCUGUGGCGUUAGCACUGCAGCACAGCGGUCUAGAAUGGGAAGGCGCUUUCCCGGACGACUGGAAGACGCUGAAGCCGACGACUCCCUUCCUGGAGCUUCCAAUUCUCGAGACUCCUGCUGGCACGAUUGGUCACGAGCUGGCCAUCCUGAACUACAUCGGCCAACAGUCCCAGAGGAUGGCGGGUCAUGAUUUGACGGAGUUCGCCAUCUCUCAGCAGUUGUUGAGCCAGGCAGAGGACAUGUACCAGAAGAUGAUCAAGCUGAGUCUCCAGCUGAAGACGGAACAGAUCACAGGUGAAGAGGCCGCUGCCUUUUGGACCGACGAGGAUGAGCAGACGCACAACAGGAACUUUGGUGCCAAGGUUUACCUGAAGCUCCUCGAGGCUUUCUACAAGAGCAGCGGUGGCACUGGGGGCAAGUUCACGUCUUCGGGCAUCACGGUCGGCGAAUGCAAGCUCUUCUCGACUUUGCAUGCGAUGAAGCUCGCCAAGGCAGGGUCUUGGCUUUUGGCUCAUUGUAAGAUGUUUCGUGUUGUGCUGUGGAAUGAGCAUUGCAACGGUGCUUUCGCUGGUCGCAGGAAGGUGCGCUUCAAUAACAGAGGAAGGGGUUAA